UCUCCGACCGAACAAGCACUUGUUGGACCCUGUUAAACUGUAGCUGAGCCCAAUUUUAUCGUCUGAUCCACGCUCUCGACAUAGCUCGCAGACUGUGGAUGUCUCAGCAAUCAGCAGUCCCAAAGCCUUCACUCCAGGGGGUUCGCACAAAAGUACGCAAAGGCCAAGUCAAAGCACAGGCAAAGCACGAGCCAGCGGUCUUUAGAGACCAGCUCUACAAACAUCUUGAAACAGUUCCAGAGAACGAUUUCGACGGAUUCAGCGCUAAACUUGUACAGGCCGGUGGGACACUCGAGUAUCUCAAAUAUGCCGACACCUUGUUUGAGAUCCUCCUGGUCGGCGGGCUCAUCCAGCCGGGUGGGUCAUAUCUCGAUGAUGGCGCACCCAUGUCGCCAUUCUCUAUUUUUAACGCACGCAACCCGCCCGACAUCGAAGAGUUGAAGAAGUAUGUCGAUGUAUUUAACAAAUUGAAUCGAAGGUUCAAAUAUCUUCAGAAACCCUUCGAGGAGCAAAGUCUCCCCACUCUCCUGCAGUACAUCGGCCGGUGGUCAUCCGAGCAACGCGACAAGCUCGCCAUGACAAUUGGUCUCCUUCUUUCGCAGGGCCUUGUGACCGCAGCUUGUCUGCAGAGUUUAACCAAGGAUCACCUCGUCAAGAACGACCAGUCCAUCAACAUCCUUGCACUGGUCUUUAGCGCAUACCUUACUGACCAGUCGAUCGAUCACCUUGCUGCGACCCUCAAACGCGGCAAUAUCAAAGAUCUUCUCCUCUUUUUCCCUCCAAAUAAGAGGGAUGCCAAGGUUCUCGAUGCUUUCUUCCGGGAGAAAAACCUUCCUACCGUGGCCGACUGGUACACAAAGAAGCAAUAUGCGAUCGCGAAAGACGCAAUCAUGAAGGAACUAAAGGAGGUGGUAGAACGCAGCGAUGAUAGUGAAUCAAUCAUAUCUGCAAUCCAGAGUAAACUAGAGGAGCAGCGGCUUCCUGAGUCGGAGCUUAUACAGAGCAUCUGGCAGGGCCUCAUGGCUUCCGUAGAUUGGAGUGCACGCCCUGAUCAGAUCGAAGGCCUUGCACUACGCGAGGUCGGGAAAUUUGCCCCAGUUCUCGUGGCCUUCUGUAAAGGCCCAAAAACCCAGGUCGCUUUGAUCAAUAUCGUACAGGUCUACUGUUAUGACGAUACACGUGUCAUGAAGGCCUUCCCACAGAUCUUGAAGGUUUUGUACAAUAAGGACUGCGUCUCCGACCAGGCGAUCAUCUACUGGCACCAAAAAGGAUCUAAGCCACAAGGAAGACAGCACUUCCUGAAGGCCACCGAGGGUUUGGUCAAGUUCCUUCAGGAGCAGGAAGAAAGCGAGGAAGACGAAGAGUGAUGUAUGGACUGAUACGCUCCCCAAUUAGAUGUGUCUUUCCGUGUUGCUGUUCAUCUUCUUUCCCUGUAUGUACACCGUAGGAUAAUUCACAUGUA